CCCUUCCGUUGCGUAAACAUCGCCAGACGGAGCGUGAAGAAUGAUCUGUGAGGACGACGGAAUGUCGCGAUCUUCCCCCUUAAAAAUACGGAAGUGGUAUAAUAGUCGACGAAACGGCUACAACGGCCAGUAGCAGUGGCACUCGCGCCGCGUUGCGUUCGUUACAAAAAUGGCGUCGUUAAGAUAUACGCAUGCCGUAGUGUGUAGACUGCCUCAGUCAUUUAAAUCGCACCACAACGAGGUCGACAUGGACGAGGCGAAAAAACAGCACGAAUCCUACGUGCGACUGUUGCGGGAGCUCGGCCUGGACGUCAUCGAACUGCCACCUGAUGAGGCUCUUCCCGAUUGUGUCUUCGUCGAGGAUACGGCGGUCGUUUGUAACGGGACCGCUUUGAUCACAAGACCGGGGUCGGAUCAGCGCGUCAAAGAGUUAAACAUAUUGCAGGUCGAAACGAUCCGCGUCGUUCUGAAGAAGGAGCUCGAUCUUCCAAUCAUUGAAAUGUCCGACCAGUCGGCGAAGUUAGACGGCGGAGACGUCUUAUUUACGGGGCGCGAAUUCUUCGUCGGCAUCUCGGAUUGGUCAAACGAGGCCGGCGCACGCGCCGUCGCCGCUUCGUUCCCCGAGUUUCCCUGUACACCGAUUAAGGUGUCGAAUAGGAAGCACCUCAAGUCUCUGAUCACGGUCGGAGGACCGGAUCUGCUGUGCGUCGGAUCGAGCAAGGAGGCGCAGGAGGUUCUGAAGCGGAUGGAGAGAGAGGCGACAUUUUCGUACCAAACGCUAACGUUACCUGAAGAUGAAGCGGCCAAUGUGCUGUUUUUAAAUGGAACUCUAAUCCACAAAAGUUUGGAGGAGAUACCGGAAUCCUUUAAGGUGUUCGCCGACAAGAUUGACUACCCGAGAAGAUCGAUGAAUUUCUCUCAGCUGUCAAAAGGUUCGAGUGGACUUACCUCAAGCUGUUUACUAGUGAAACGCCUACGGCACAUGCGCAAUCUGUAGUUUUAUAAGAACUUGACUUUACUAAGAACAUGAACAUGUUCGAACAGAACUGAUAGAAUGUGUAAUAUGCAAAUAACCAAAUGUUCAAUUUGACGCGACGUUUAUAUAUUUAUUUUUUAUAUAUUCUAUUACUUCUUUCCGUUACGCAUCUAAUGCUUUAUUAUACGAUGAACUCAUCAAAGUAGCUUAAAUCUAAUCAUGACAAUAUUUGAAAGUAGCGAGAGGUGGAGGAGGACUAUACAACUGUUGAAGUUUGCUUUUAACGCAUCAAAUGUACAAAGAAGAUAUCUAAUAUUUUGACAUUAAAUGUUUCGUUCCAUCGCCAGAAGGCGGGACCAAAUUAAGUAUUUGUAAUUAGUUUUAGUCGUAGGCGCGCGUUCUUAGUACGCACGCGCGAUUGUUCCAAUUGAUAACGCCACAAAGUUUUUUGUUUUGAAACAAAAUGUGAUCACCCUGAAUGUCGAUGUUCAUUCCACCUUGCACCUUUACUUUCCUACGAGGGGUGCACCACUUUGGUGCAACUGCAGCGAAUGCGAAAUAUUUGGUCAUGUGUUUCGAAAAUGCCAUAAGCUUCCGAGCAUUUCCGAAGAGAAAAUUUUGGAUAGGUUGAAUAAUGUAGAAAUGUGGAGUGUUUUAGAAAUUUUGGAAACAUUCAGCAAAUUAUGUAAACGUCUAGAAAUGGAAAAACAGAACACAAUGAGAUGAGUGAUGGACCCCUCACACUAAAUGUUGAAUGUGAUUCGAUGCUUUUAAGUUUUAUUAUGACGCAAGAGAUUUUUCAGGGAACCUUAAUUGUUAAGCGUAAUUUUAAAAAUAGCUUUAAAAAUGUGAAAACUGUUGUGAUUUGUAUCUCUGUUAACUUUAAAAACAAUAAAUCGAUGUCUAUGUGAAACUAA